AUGGCUCAACCUCAAUCAACCGUUCCAGCAUUCAAUCCCGCCAUCCAUAAAGUAUUCUUCUGUCCUGAAGCCAAAAACGUUCAGGUUCUGCAUCAAAUCCUACAAACAAGAUAUGGUCCAUGUCCUCCGGUUAUGACUCAUGUCAGUCCAGGUCACCAACACAUGAUCCUCGUUUUACGUGGUGCCAUCUGGACGGAGGAACAAUGGGCUUCUAUCACUGUUUCACUUCUUGAAGCAAUGUAUCCUGGUACACGUUGGACUGGAAGUUCUGAGGUUACUUCGGUGCAUGAACAAGUGAUAGAUUUCUACAAGCAUCAAUCAGCAGCAUCCCAGUAG